AGAGGGGUGGGGUCGCGUCGCCCAAUCAGGACACUACCGCCGACGGGCCGCGGACCAAUGAGAGAUGCGGACGCGUCCCCGGGGGGCGGCGCCUCGCGCAUUCAAAUCGCUGGGACGAUGGCGGCGGAGACGACGCGCGGAGCGGGAGGAGCGCUCGGGGUGCUGCAGGAGGCCGAGGCGCUCCUCGGCGCGGCUUGGGGUGGUCACGACGAGGGGAGCCGUGAGGAGGUGGCGACGGCGCCAGCCGGCGUGGCGUACGAGCGAUCGAUGUGGGAGCUGCGGACAGUCAAGAGGUGCUUCAUGGCGCGAUACGCGAACCACCACAUGGUGAAAUUCCUGUGCGGGGACGAGGACCGCCGCCUGAUGGACGCCGCCAAAAUCGGGGCGGAGCUGGCGGCGACGCAGCGCGAAGUCAAGCGGCUGAAGGGCGCCUGCGGCCGCGUGGAAGAGGCGGUGGGGGUGGCGGCCGACGCGCUCUGCGACAACCUCGAGCGGCUGGAGGUCGCGCGGGACGCCCUGCGCGUCCGGCUCGCCGCCCGGAGCGCCGACGCGAACCCGAACAAUGGAGGGAAAGUGAAUAAAGAAGAGAUCCAGAAGAGGGUGGAGAAGCUGCGAGUGGCGGAGGAAUCGCUGCAGCUCCAGCGAGAGGCGAUCGCUCGCUACCGCGUGCUCCUGGCGGCCGCCGACUCGGAGCUGGCGCAGGCGAACGAGACGGCAGCGCGGCAGGGGCGCCAGCUGGCGGAGCGCGAGUGGGAGGUGCGCGCGUCGCAGCUGCUGCAGGGGCUGUGUGACAUACGUCUGCUGCCCGGCGCCACCGAGGAGGCCCUGAGCGUGGAGAUGACGCUGAGAAAGGCCGCCCCCCUCCGCCUGGAUCUCUCCCUCCACCCCGACGGCACCGUGAGCGACGUCCAGACGAGCCGCGUGGUGCUGGGCAUCGAGGACCUGUGUGACGGUGGUCGGGGAGUCGGCAAGGUGAGCUCCGUCCUCGCGGAGAUCCGGCGCCGCUACGAGGGGCAGGCGGCGCUCGUCGCCGAGGUCCAGCGCCUGCAGAGCCGGUUCGCGGUGGACUGGCGGGAAUCGGAGCGGCAAAUGCGCGUGCUGCUGGGCGCCACGGCGAGCGUGGUGUGCACCCUGCAUGCGCCGCCCGGCUACCCCGCCACCGGCAGCGGCGCCACUCUGCUGUCCGUCACCGGCGCCGAGCCGCGCCCCGACAUCUCCACCCUCCGGCCGCCUCAAGACUCGCCCACACUCACCGACUGGCUCGCGCACCUGCAGCAGCUGUUUGCGUGAGCUGCAGGGAAACACCUGCAGCCCGCAAACAACUCAGCACGGCGACAACGAUACCUUGGUCUCUCUCUGGCCGUGUCUCUCUCUGGCUGUGUCUCUCUCUGUGUCUCUCUCUGACCGUGUCUCUCUCUGUGUCUCUCUGACCG